CCGCCGCACGCGUCGCCCGCCACUCAGCGCAACGCAGACCUCGCGCAACCCCGCGGCGACGCGCCGAACCCGAGGAGGAGGCGGCGGCGGCGGCACAGACCCGCUUUUUGAACGACCGUCCGGACCCCGAACACGAACCGCACAGACGAGAUAAGAUCGAGGUAGCCUCAGAUGGAGUGAGCGAAAGCUAGAAGAGAAUGGAGGGGAUUAACCUCGGAGGAAAGUGGAAGAAGAAAGCCUACGUUAGCGUUUUGCUGCUGUGCAUGUCCGUCCACGCCUUUGGUUUACCAUCACCAGCAUCUUUAGUGAGGGUGGAGUGCCCCCAUGGGGACUACAGCACGGCCAAUGGAAUAUGCUGUAACAUGUGUCCUGCAGGCUUCAAGUGGGGGGCCGACUGUACUGCCAUCGGUCUGAGGACCAAAUGUCUGCGCUGCCCUCAGGGGGAGUACAGAGAUCAGUUGAACUACGCCCCCAACUGUAGACGUUGUAAACGAUGCAAAAAAUUUGAGGAGGUGGUAUCAGAGUGUAGCGGCUCCCAUAACACCAUCUGCCGCUGCAAAGAGGGUCUCUACAAAAUGAGCAUAGACUCAGAAACAUACCAGUGUCUCAAAUGUUCAACAUGUGGGCCCGGGAAGACACAAACUCAGAAAUGUACACCUGAGCACGACACUGUGUGUGUAUGUGAGAAAGACUACUUCGAAGUCAAAAACAAGUGUCUACCAUGCAAGAAUUGCACAUCUGACUGCAGUAACUGCCCAACAGUUCAUGACGUUAAAAACCCUGCUAAGAGUGAGGAUCCUACUGUUAAAAUAUUGGUCGGCGGCGUGCUAUUCCUGUUGGUCCUGAUGGUCUUCUUCACCUACAAAGUCUCAAUGCUGUGUAUCAACAGGAGAAUGAACGACUCCUCAAUCCAGCCUAAAACCUCCCCAGAAUCAACUGAGACCUUGAUCCUUACUGAGAGUCCCACCGUUGAUGACUACGACAAGUGUGUUCCCAAAAGCCCGGUGUGUGAAUCAGAGCCAACCAACCUACCCGACUGCAUCCCGCUGGAGAUAAAGAUCCCUGACCUGAUCUACACAGUCCUAGAUCUGGUGCCCGUGCCUCAGAUGAAGCAGCUGAUACGGUCUCUGGGUGUCACAGAUAUUGAGAUUGAGCGGGCAGAGUCUGACCACCGGGCCUGCAGGGAGGCUCACUAUCAGAUGCUGAGGUUGUGGGCCGAGAGAGGGUCACGGUCAGGGGGAGGAGGAGGAGGAGGAGGAGGAAGAGCAAAUGGAGGCCCAGUACGGGGUGGGGUGCUGCACCAGCCCUUGCUGCAGGAAUUGCUGGACACACUCAAGGAGAUAAACCUGGGAGGUGUGACGGAGGAGCUGGAAAUUAAGUAUGGCAUUCAGCGAGGACACGUUUAAGACAGUCAGCAGUUGCACACAGGCAUAUGCUAUAUUAAUCUCCUGUACCAUUGAUAUUGUUGUUGCUCGAUGCUUCAAACACAGACAGCCUCUCAUAAUCUCUCAUACUUGCUGUCUCUUUCUCACUGAUAGAGAGUAUUUGUGUGUGUGUGUAUGUGCGUAUGUGUG